UAUGAAUAAUCCUUGUUUUUUUAGAGGAAAUUCCAGAGGAGGUAGAAUGUCAGCAUUUACUCAACACAACAAACGCAUAUGCCCAAAUGACAGCAAAUGGGUACUUAUCACAAGCCUUUCCUGUUGAAGAUGUACCCACAAAUAUACCAGGUUUGCCUCCACCACCGGUGAUAACAUGCACCACAGAUCCGAUGGAGUUGGAAGAAAUUAAAAGGACAAUAUUUGUAGAAAACAUUCACGACUCGAUUACCUCUGAACAGUUAAUGGCAUUCUUUUCUGGAGUUGGUGAAGUUAAAUAUAUGCAACUUUGUAAAUCUGAAGAACAAAAAUAUGCCUUCAUUGAAUUUUCCAUGGUUGAAUCUGUACCUACUGCUCUGCAGUAUAAUGGAGUUUUAUUUGGAAGUCGUUCUCUUAAAGUAACUCAUGCGAAGAGCCCCGUUGUGAAGCCAGAGACUGAACGGAUUGCAACAGGUAGAUCUACAAUAAGAACUAUGCGUGAUGUUGUAAAACGCCCCACUUUCGACCGUGAAACAAGAUCAAGAUCGCCUACAAGAAGACGCAGUCGAUCUCGAACCCGACGAUCCAGAUCUCGGUCCCGUUCUAGACGUCGCAAGUCAAGGUCUAGAUCUCCAAAGCGUAGAAGGUCCCGUACUAGAUCUCCAGUGCGGCGAAGAAGAAGCUAUUCAAGAUCUCCAAGACGCAGUAGUAGACGAAGUCGCAGUCCAUCUCGUUCAAGAUCUCCCAGACGAAGCAGUAGACGAAGUCGAAGUAGAUCUCGCUCAAGGUCUCCAAAACGUCGAAAAUCAAGAUCCCGUUCCAGAGAUCGACGCAAAAGACGAAAGUCUGUUUCCAAAUCUUUAUCGCGGUCUCCUAGAACACGAUCCAGCCCUGCAUGGAGAAGUGCAUCUAUAACAGAUGUCAAAUCUUUACUAUUUGUAAAUUUACUUCAUAAAAAGAACUGCUUGAAAAAGAGAUUUUAA